AUGUGGGAGAAUGAAGGUGCCGACGUCGCGUCGUUGAACGGUGAUAACAUGACACAGAUCACGCUGUCAGUGGUCGAGGAAUGGCUGGACAGCCAUCCGGACCACUGUCAGGACUACUUCCUCCGAAAAAUCGAACUGGACUUGAUCAACAAAUGGCUCGUUUCACACGGAUUCCUCAACAUCAACGAUUACAUCUCGUCAGCCACGUCCACGUCUUCUUCGGGUAACGUGAGUCCAGCCAACGGGUUGGCAGUGCAGCAGGUGUCACCAGCCGCAUCCCCGAACGCGCCCAGUAUCCUGGUUAACGGCACCAACUCGCUGUCCGUAUCCCAGAUAUACAGGUCCAACUCAAAGAGAUGUCGGCGACACGACUUUGCCCGGGCCAAGACCCGGAGUGUAUUGCGCACACAGGAGAUCGGCAAGGACGUGCCGAUUUGCUCCAGCAGGAGAUCGUCGCUGAAGGACAUGAGAAAGUGA